AUGGGCAGUAUCGUCACAUCGCAAGAGGCUCGACUUUUAUGUCGCGAGAAUCGUCUCACCAACACGGCCGGAGUCGCGCCCGGAUAUCUGCAGGCUAAUCUUCUCGUCUUGCCAGCAAAAUAUGCUGCUGAUUUCCACGACCUUUGUCUGCGUAACCCAGUCUCAUGUCCCUUGCUAGGGAGAACUUCGCUUCCUGGGGAUCCCCACGCCGUUCAGCCUGACGGAUGUAUCCACGCCUCCGAUUUCGACAUUCGCACCGAUUUUCCCAAGUAUCGUGUGUAUCUAAACGGUCAAUAUAUAGAAAGUCGUCGAGAUAUUUGUGACCUAUGGGCUUCCGACCACGUAGGGUUUUUGAUUGGCUGCUCAUUUUCCUUCGAGGACGCGUUGACGGCUGCUGGUUUACAGCCACGACAUCAAAGAUCCAAAUCCAUUGUUGCCAUGUACCGGUCAACGAUCCCACUCCUUCCAGCAGGGGUUUUUACAGGUGGUCGCUGUAUCGUGUCGAUGCGGCCCUAUCGCCUAGAACAAAUUGCCCACGUCCGGGAGGUCACUCGACCAUUCCUUUCAACCCACGGCGAGCCGGUGGCCUGGGGAUGGGAUGGAGCAAAGGAGCUGGGUAUCACCGAUAUUGAUCAACCAGACUUUGGCCAGCCACAGGUCUUUGAAGAGGGAGAAAUACCUGUUUUCUGGGCGUGUGGGGUGACACCACAAAUCGCGGUUGAGUCUGCUGGAGCAAAAGUAGAUGGUUUAGUGUUUGCGCAUGAGCCAGGACAUAUGCUGAUUACCGACUGGACCGUUAAUGAUUUACAGAGACUGCGGCCCGGUAUCAUUUAG